CUAAAACUAACGAAUGAAAAAUCACAUUUAAUAUUAUAUAUAUCUUUUAUUUUUCUUAUAUUUGCAAAUAAUAGGGCAAAAUUAUUAUUAAAAUCAUAAAAAAACUAAUAAGUUUCAUUUUGUACAUUUUAUAGAUCAAUUGAAAAUCAAGGAAAAAUAUAAGCGAGCGUUGAAGGACAACAAUCGAUACUAAAGCUUCACAUGUCGUCUUCAUUAAUAUGUAGAUAUGGAUUUGACGUUUGACAGUACAGGGACACAAUUUCUUUUAAAAAAUGAUUUAACGAAUCAUUUUUGGAUAGUUAUAAAUUAUCAAUCAGAACGUAGUACGUUGUAGUUUUCACUGAUGAUAGUUAAUGAAUUACAUACUUUGUACAGAAUAAAUUUUUACCACCUUAUAAAAUUAUGAUUUAAAAAUAUUAUGUAUUAUAUGUAUACACAAUACGUAAUGCAAAAUUACUUUAAACUUAUUGAUAGAGAAAUUUUACAUUUUUACACUUGGGAGUGCAAUCGGAAAACAUUUAACGUGGACAAAUUAAGGUUGUAAAACAAUUUAAUAACUUGGAAUCAUUCGUUUUAUAUUGUAAGUUACAUUCUAAUAAAAAUGCGAAAUUUUAUGAGCGACCUCAUAAUUUGCAUAUUGCUACUACUUUCAGUGAGCCUUGUAUUUGGAGUUAGUGAACUAAUUCAGUAUCUGGUAAAUACAGGAGAAAAAUUCUUAGAAUCUUCUUCUUACAAUUGGAUUGUACGCUUAUGCUUAAAUUUAUUAAGUUAUGCGACUGUACUGUUACCGGGUUGCCUCAUUUAUAAAUACGUACGUCACACCAAAUAUAUACAAAGAGGAGGUAAAGGAUGUAUUCCAAGGUUGAUACAUUCAUGUUUUAUGGGUCACUGCGAAACAGGGCUCUUGGAUUCUUCUUAUACAUCUACACCAUCUAAUAUCACUCAACGUACUUUUAUGCAAGAAGCCUUAUUACUUCUAUAUUGUUUUGUUGGUUUACAAGUCAGUUAUUUAACAUGGGGUUAUUUACAAGAGAAGAUAAUGACACAGGAAUAUGAAGAUGUUAGCGGGAAUAAGGACUAUUUUCAAGAUUCUCAGUUUCUAGUAUUUGUUAAUCGGAUUCUGGCAUUUUUGAUGUCAGGUUUAUAUUUACUAGUUCAAAGACAACCGCAACAUAAAGCUCCACUUUAUAAGUAUGCAUUCUGUUCCCUGUCAAAUAUCAUGAGCAGUUGGUGUCAGUAUGAAGCAUUAAAAUAUGUUAGCUUUCCAACACAGGUAUUGGCAAAAGCUUCUAAAAUCAUACCAGUUAUGAUAAUGGGGAAAAUAAUCUCGCAUACCACAUAUGAGUAUUACGAAUAUGUCACAGCAAUACUUAUUUCAAUUGGAAUGACAUUCUUUAUGUUAGAUAGCUCUGAUUAUAAAAACAAUGGAGCUACCACUGUUUCUGGUGUUAUUCUCUUAGGAGGCUACUUAAUAUUAGAUAGCUUUACAAGUACCUGGCAAAAUGCGUUAUUUAUGGAAUAUGGCGCAACAAGUGUACAAAUGAUGUGUGUAGUUAAUAUGUUUUCCUGUUUAUUUACCGCAAUGUCCUUAUUUCAACAAUCGAGUUUUCCUCUCGUAUUUUCGUUCAUGACAAAGUAUCGUAGAUUUAUUAUCGAUUGUUUACUUAUGUCGAUCUGUUCUGCAACUGGUCAAUUGUAUAUUUUUUAUACAAUUUCCAAAUUUGGACCAGUGACAUUUGUCAUUAUAAUGACUAUUCGACAGGGUCUAGCUAUAUUAUUAUCCUGUUUAAUGUAUCACCAUCGUGUAACAGUUAUUGGAAUAACUGGUAUACUGUUAGUAUUUGGUUCUGUAUUUCUACGAACAUAUUGUAAUAAUAGACUACGAGCAAUUAGACGACGCAGAGCGGCGAGCAAUAAUAUAAAAGAUUAAUUUUAAAAACAAGUAUAGGUAUAAUUUCUAUCAUUUCUGUAUAUUACUUUCCUUGAGUUUGUCCACUUAAUGAGUAUAACAUAUCGAUCACGAUAAGUUGAAUUUUGAACGUUUAUUAUUUUAUUAUAUACCCCUAAGUAAAAAUUUAGAGCAUACAUUGAAACUUUUUAUAUAAGAGACACGAAUCAUUCAUUAAGAUUAUAUUUAUUUUCAUAUAAUUAUUUCGUGUAACUAUUCUAUGUAAUUGGAUAAUUUUUAUAAAAAAAAUGUUAAUAAAAAGGAAAUUUAUUUU